UUUCUUUCUUACACUGACUUCACAGCCACAAGGAUGUUGGUUAGAUGUGUGAUCCUCGCAGCCCUCUUCAUUCUCGGAUCCCCCAUUCCACUAGAGGGGCGCAGCAAGGAUCCUCACAAACUCUUGCUUAUCUCCUUUGAUGGUUUUCGUUGGGAUUAUGAUCAAGAUGUUGAUACCCCUAAUAUGAACAUCAUGGCAAGAGAUGGUGUCAAAGCCAAGUAUAUGACCCCUGCUUUUAUCACUAUUACCAGCCCUUGUCACUUUACACUACUUACAGGAAAAUACAUAGAAAACCAUGGAGUUAUCCACAACAUGUAUUUCAACACCACCACUGGGCAGAAGUUAUCCUACCAUGGCACACAGGGAGUAUCCAUGUGGUGGGAUAAUGGUAGUCUUCCUAUCUGGAUCACAGCUCAGAGACAGGGCCUGAACACUGGUUCUCUUUUUUUUCCGGGUGGCAAUGCAACAUAUCGUGGUGAGAAUGUGAAUGUAAAAAAAGUAGAAACGAGCACCCACAAAUGGGGCAAUGAAACAGAGUGGAGAGCAAAUGUUGACACUGUGAUGCGUUGGUUAACAGAGCAGGAUUUGGAUUUUGUAGCUUUGUAUUUUGGUGAACCAGAUAGCACUGGGCACAAGUUUGGGCCAGACUCCGAAGAGCGCAAGCAGAUGGUCAGCCAAGUAGAUCGAACUGUUGGAUAUAUACGAAAAUGUGUGAAAGAUCAUGGUCUAGAGGAUAAAUUAAACAUCAUCAUCACUGCAGAUCAUGGAAUGCGAACAGUACAGAAGGGCCCUGAUGAGAUUGUUCUCAAUAACAUACCAAACUUCUCACUUUUUAAUGACCUUCAGUUUCAUUUGGUAGACUAUGGACCCAGUGGGCUUUUGGUGCCUAAAGAAGGUAAUUUAGAAAAGGUAUAUAAUGCCCUAAAGAAUGCUCAUCCUAAACUCCACGUAUUUAAAAAGGAAGAAGUACCAGCCAGGUUGCACUACUCCAACAAUGCUCGGAUUACACCGUUAUUUCUGUAUGGAGAUCCAGGGUAUGUUAUUCAUGGGUUUGCAAAGUUUCAGUUUAAUAAAGGUGAGCAUGGUUUUGACAAUGAUGAUAUAGAAAUGAAGACCAUAUUCCGUGCCGUGGGCCCAUCCUUUAAACAAGAUUUGGUUGUGGAGCCUUUUGAGAGUGUUCAUGUGUAUGCCCUAAUGUGUGAGCUGCUGGGUAUCAAACCUGAACCCAAUGAUGGAUCCCUAGAUGUGACAAGGAACAUGCUGGUGGAAGACUCCAUCUCAGAUGGUUUCCCGGCUUCUAUUCUACAUGCAACUAUUGGACUGUCAGCUGUUCUGGGGGUGCUUCUUCUCAGCUUUAUUGUAGCCACAAUUACUAUUUCUGUCAAAAGACACAAAAAGAGAAAAAGAGCUGAGAAAUCUUUAAGUACAGAGACCAUUAUAGAAAAAUUUUGAGAUCCUGAACAGACUUAUCCUAACUCUUGGAGGCUGUGAGCACUUAAUUUCACCCUAAGUUGGUCUUACCUCUCCAGAUGGCUUUACUAUACUAUGGCUUAUCAUAAGCAUCAUGUUUCAGCAAGCACAGAAGAGUAAACUGAAAUUGCAUCCAUUGGUCCAUCAGACCAGAUUUAGCUCGUAGAUGGCCAGUGAACUUGGAAUAAAACGGAUGUGAAUAUCUUAGACCAAGUGUAAGAUUUGUAAGAUAUUGUAUAAUGAACAACAAUAAACACCAUUUCAAUCAA